AUGGAGGAGGACUGCACUAUCAAUGCUAACUGCAGAGGAUGCAUUCAAUUACUAGAUAGUAAAGAUGAAAAUGAUGAUCCCUUUAGCUUUGAACUUUAUACUGAUGGGAACAAUGACAAUAAUGUUAAUACCCUUGACCUCUUUGUGGCACUGUUCCUCUGUGCUGACAGUUUCUUACAACAAGAAAUGGCACUCAAGUUGUCAAUGUGCCAGUUUUCUGUCCCGCUGUUGUUGCCACAUUGUAAUAACAGUCAGUGUGGCCUGAUGCUUUGGGCCUUGAGAGACAUCGUCAAAGAGUGGCGUCCACCUGAGCUAUCUGAAUCAAAAGGCUUUGCAGAAGCCAGUAUUGUCCAAGCAGAUGCACCAUUCUACUCUUUUGUGAGACUGAAAAACAGCAGUUUAUCAAAAUCCCUGUUGCUCAAUCAUGUGAUGAGCCAUGGCCAACAGCACAAAAAUAUCUUCAUGCACAGAGAAAUGGAGGGAGAGGCCCAUCAUAGAGAGAUUGCAAAUGGACUGGUGGAGAUUAGCUGGUACCUUCCCUGUGGAAGAGUAAAUGAUGAAAAUUUUCAGAAACUAGUGAUAUUUGCUAAUUUACGAGGACACAUUUGUGAAUCACCAACACAGUUUGCCUUUCUUUAUGAAAUGUCAACAGCUGUCUUUGUCCUAAUGGACAAAAUCCAAGAAGACGAACUGAAGAUUUUAAUGUCUUUACAUAAUGUAAAAGUAAAACUAUUCUUUGUGUUCAAUCACAACAAAAAUGAAGAAGACACUACGUCUGUUAAAACAGCGGUGGAAAAAUUAGGACUGCCAAAAAACCAAGUGAUCGCCAAAAAACGGGAAGUAAAUGUUGCAGAUUUUUCAAAGAAACUUCAUGUAUCAAUUAAGACUUCACUAGAACAGGUGUCUAGCUGGAUGAGCAUUGCAAGCAUGAGUGAUAAAGCUGUUGAACUUGGUCUGAUUGUGGAUGAACAUGGGAGUGCUGCACAACAGAAGGCAGCUGAGAGCAUCAGGGAAGGAAUUGGGGUACGAAGCAUACCUGACUACAAGAAACAGCAACUUCGUUUGCAGGGAGAAAAUUGGAAAAAACUUUCAAAGUUAGAAAAGGAGGAAUGUAGACUGAAUAAAGCUGGUGGUUCAGGACUGGAGCAUUACAUAUCAAAGCUCCAGAAAAAAAAACAAGAAAUCAGAAAGGAACAAAGUCAAUACAAACUAUCAAAAUCAAUGAAGAUUUUUAUUGACAAUUUAUCUACAAGUAAAGAAAAAAGAGAUUUUUUCUUGAAAUGGAUAAAACUCACACUGGAUUCACACUCAAGAAUCAAACUCUCUGAACUGAGAAACCAAUUAAAAAGGGAACAAGAAAAUAAAAAUGUAGAACGUGUUGCUGAAUUAGAUCAAGCUCUGCUGGAGAGCUCUUUAGGAAUCGAGCAUUUCAUGAGAGAAAUGGGUCUGAUCUACGAGUUUUCACAGGAAAACACAGAGGAAAUCUCUCGUCUCCCUCAACUGGCUGCUGAGAUGGUGAUGGAUGGACAUCCUUUAGAGCUUCUGGAUGGAGACGCUUCCAACGUCCCAGAAAAAUGGGUGUCAGCUGUACUUACUGAGGUCCAUAAGAAAGUUGGAAACAGGAGCAGAUUGCUGAUAGUAGCUGUUCUGGGUGUUCAGAGUUCUGGGAAGUCAACGCUCCUCAACACCAUGUUUGGUGUCCAGUUUCCAGUCAGCAGUGGCAGAUGUACAAGAGGAGCUUACAUGAUCUUCCUCAGAGUUCAAGAGGAUUUGAAAAAUGAACUGAAUUAUGAUUUCAUAGUUCUCAUUGAUACAGAAGGUCUCAAAUCUCCUCAAAUGGCUCAACUUGAGGACAGUAAUGAACAUGACAACCAGCUGGCAACCUUCGUCAUUGGCUUAAGUGACAUCACCAUCAUCAAUAUAGCAAUGGAGCACUCAACAGAGAUGAAAGAUGUCCUGCAAAUUGCAGUUCAUGCAUUCUUAAGAAUGAAAGAGAUUGGAAAAAAACCAGUUUGUCAUUUUGUGCAUCAGAACGUUGGGGCAGUUUCAGCUCAUUCCAAAUGCAUGAUUGACAGAAAACGCCUCUUGGAUCAGCUCAAUGAAAUGACUGAAAUUGCUGCUAAAAUGGAAAAACAACCAACUAUUAAGCAGUUCACUGAUGUCCUGGACUACGACAUGGAAAAAAACAACUGGUACAUUCCAGGUCUCUGGCAUGGCACUCCACCAAUGGCUCCAGUAAACACUGGUUACAGCGAAGCUGUUGCUGACGUGAAGAAAAAUCUUCUCAAGUUAGACGAAGAAUAUAACAGCAUGGAUGAGUUUUACAUCCCAGACUUUCUAGAAUGGAUGAAAAGUCUUUGGAAAGCAGUAAAAUAUGAAAAUUUUAUCUUCAGCUUCAGAAACAGUCUUGUGGCUAAUGCCUACGACAACUUGUGUAUAGAGUUCAAUGAGUGGGAAUGGGAGCUCAGAAGACAGAUUCUUACCUGGAAGACAGAAGCAGAGGAGGCAAAGAACAUCUGCAGCAUCAAGCGGCUGUGCAUCGGCCACAAGGACUUGGUGGAAGCAGGUAUGAAGAUGAUAACAAACUAG